GAUGAUGAACUACAUAGAACAUUGUCUGAAUUCUGCUGCAUACAUAUUCGUGUAACCGUGUUUAAGAUUUCAACCAACUAAACAGUACACCGAAAUGGCCUCAUACACAACAAUACAUGCAUCGUCGUUUUCCUUCUUUUCGUCAGCAACAAGGCGCAGGCACGACGUGUUCUUAAGCUUCAGAGGCGAGGACACCCGCCACAACAUCACCAAAGGCCUCCACAGCGCCCUAGUUGACGCCGGCGUUCCCACAUUCAAAGACGAUGUCAAUCUUCAAAAGGGCUGCGAGAUCAUGUCUGAUCUGCUCAAGGCCAUACAGAUGUCAAGAAUCGCCAUCAUAGUGUUCUCCAAGAACUACGCGAGCUCAGGGUGGUGUCUGGAUGAGUUGGUCAAGAUCGUAGAGUGUAACAAGGACGCCGGUCAGCUCAUAAUGCCUAUUUUCUGCGAUGUGGAUCCUUGCGAUGUGCAGCAGCAGACGGGUACAUUUUCAGCAGCACUUGAUCAGCAUGAAAGGACUGGCAGGACUGAGGACAAGUUGGAGGCUUGGAGGACAUCGUUGACUGAAGCGGCUAGUCAACCUUAUGGCUUUGAUAUGCAGGAUGCUGCUGCUUGGCUUCAAUCAAAGUUCAUCAAGGAAAUUGUAAAACAUGUCUUGAGUAGAUAUCAAGACGCACACUUGAGUGUUUCCAUUUUCCCACCCAGAUUGGAUGCUGGUAAAGAAUACAUGAAUUCUUUGUUAGGUGUAAUAUCAGAUGACAUUCUCAUAAUAGGCAUCUGUGGAAUCGACAAAACUGAUUUGGCACAAGAAGCGUAUGACCAGAAUUUUCAUAGGUUUGAAAGCAGCAGUUUUAUUAAAGAUGUGAACAAGAUGGCAGAACAACCCAAUGGACUAGUUGCCUUGCAAAAGAGGUUCCUUUCAGAUAUGCUGGAAGUGGACAAUGUAGACAUAAAUGAUGUUAAGGAAGGAACUGAGUUGAUCAAAUAUGAAGCACGAAGAAAAAGAGUGCUUUUCAUUCUUGACAAUCUGAAUAAGCUAGACCAGUUGAAUGCACUUGCUAGGAGCCGGGAUUGGUUUGGCUCAGGAAGCAGAAUAGUGAUAACUACUAGAGAUCCACAGCUGCUAAGUGUACUUGAAGUUGAUAAUGUAUAUGGCGAACAAGGCAUAGAGGUACUUGAAACACAGUUUCAGCAGAACCUUCAGAUGAUUAAAGAUAUGGAGGAGACUAUCAGAGGGCCAUCCUUUCAGGCUCAUGAUCUAGAGAGGUCCCUUAUCGCUAAAAUAGAAGCAGAACGGAGAAAGAACAAUGCUCAGGCGCAAAUUAUAGCAGAGUUGCAGAAAAAUUCGAAAUCAAGUUUCCCCUUGUAUGCAUUAGACUCAACAACAGAUGUUCUACUAGAUGGAAAAGGGCCUGAAACUUUUGAAGGAUAUGAUGAUCACGAAGCCCUGCUCAGUAUAUUUGCUGAGAAUGAGAUGAUAAUUGGGGAUGCAAAUGUAAAUGAUCAGUUGAAGGCAAAGAUGCAAUUUCUGAAUGUUGGAGCCAAGGAUUUCAAUAAGGCAGUAAGCAGUGGUUCAUCCAGCAAAGGCAUUAAUUCAGGGAGGGAAGCAGGAACGUUUGUAAUAUAA